AAAGGAAAAUGGAAACAUAACACUUUGUUUGUUUUGUUUUUUAUAUAUAUUUGUAAAGAUAAAACUAGCUUUGGAAUUGUCUGUCUUCAUUUUUGUAAAAGAAUCUCACAUAUUAUUCCAAUACCAACAUCUGAUCUCCAAGGAAUCCAUAAAAGUUAAGCUGUUUUUAUCACCAUGAAAGUACAAGAUUUUUUAACGCAUUUAUUUUGUCAGAAAGAUUUUUUUCACUCAUUAACAUUUAACUUUCUAGCAAAAAACAAAAAUUACUUUUAAAAUCACUGCAUAAUCAAACAGUAAAAUGAUAAGUAAAUUGGUUCAACAAAAGUCAAGAAACAUAAUCUUUAUAUUUUUGAAAAAUCUAUCGUUUGAUGAUUUAAUUAUUAAUGGGAAUAAAAAUUUCAACGGCGAAAAGAAAAGGGACAACUUUAUUGUACAGCAUAUUUGCUUUAUGUGUACUGCGAAAAUAACUUUUUCACAGUUGUAAAAUAAAAACAUUUUAAUAUCUCAUUUUUUUGAUUUCACAACAAAAACAAUAAAAUAAAAAUCUUUUAUAAAUAAACACUCCCUAUCUCUUCUUGUUUCCCCGUCCCCUGUUCUCACCAAACUCUCAAAGCUCUCUUCUCUUCUCUAGCCUUCUCUCUCUAACACAUGAGAGAACAAAAUCAUCAGCUCACAAUCUCAGCCGUCGAUUAUAUCGCCACCGUCGUAGAAGAAGAUGGAGAACACUCAAGAUUUCUCGCCACCACACAUGGAUGCUUCUCGGCCGUCACUAGGAUUCCCUCUUGGCACAGCUCUGCUUCUUAUCAUCAUUUUCAGCCUCUCCGGAAUAUUCUCUUGUUGUUACCAUUGGGACAAACAUCGUUCUCUCCGCCGCUCUUUGGCCAAUGGUCGUCCCUCCGCCGACAUCGAGUCUAAUCCUUACAAACCCAAACCCCCUUUUCCGGAAAUGAAGAAACCGCAGAAUCUGAGCGUACCGGUGUUAAUGCCAGGAGAUAAUACACCCAAAUUCAUAGCAUUGCCGUGUCCGUGUGCACCACCUCGACCUGAAAAACUCACCGUAGAUGUCCAAACUCCGCCGCAAUCACCGCCUGUUAAGCCGGCGCGUUUUCCUGUUCCUUUGUAUUAGAUUUAAUUAGCUAUAAGAUAACGAACGAAAGAAGGCGGAAAAAAAUGUCGAAAUGUCUCGUUUUGAUGUACAUAUGGAUCAUAAAAUUUUACAUUUUUUUCUAUCACUGAUUAUUUAUUUUUGUAUUCAGUUGGUUUUAAAUGGUUGUGCCAAAAAAAAAAGCAAACUAAAUUAUGGAAUCUGAGGUUAAUUUUUAUACGUAUUUCUUUUUCUACUAACAACAAUGUCUCAAAACUGGAUAUUUUGUAUUGUGUGAAAAAGGAUAAAAUAGUUGCACAGUUAUUUUUGUUUUUUUAUUGUUUAAUAUCUU